AGCGCAAUCAUGCUUAGCUGGGAACCGUCGAAAAGACUCCUCUCCUUCGACCCGAAGCCACUCGUGAAGGAAUCCUGCCGACGAAUUUGGCUGCGAGAUCGGAGUGAGGAAAAGAAUUGCGAGGAAAAGGCAGCGGAAGUAGAAAUUUCCAGUUUUUUUUUUCUGAAGCAGCCAUGAAUUCGAGGAGGGACCAUCGCAGUAAUAGAGCUGCACUUUUUGAUGGCAUUGAAGAAGGUGGGAUUCGAGCUUCAGCAUACUCUUCUCAUGAAAUUCAUGAGCAUGACAAUGAUCUAGCCAUUGAAGGGCUGCAAGACAGAGUCAACAUUCUGAAGAGGUUGACAGGUGACAUACAUGAAGAGGUUGAAAGCCACAGUCGUAUGUUGGACCGCAUGGGCAAUGAUAUGGACUCGUCAAGGGGAAUCCUUUCUGGAACAAUGGAUCGUUUCAAGAUGGUUUUCGAGACGAAAUCAAAUCGCAGAAUGGCCACCCUUGUGGCAUCCUUUGUGGCACUCUUCCUACUCAUAUAUUACUUGACCAAGUAGCAGCCUGAGUUCUCCAUUAGAUCUUUAGCUUCUUAAGGUCAUGCUUGUUGUUCCAUGUUGGGGUGCUUGCAGCAUUAUAGUGCUUUGUGUAAUGUCUAACCUGCAGAGAUGUCACUGUAUAGGAUCUAAGGUGCUGUUGGCCAGUUUGCUCAGACAUGCAUACUUUUUAUGAAUGGUGCUUAUUGUUUGCUGUAAUUACAAUCAACUGUUUAUGCUUCUUAAUUGUCACAUAAUAAAGGAACUCGAUGAAAUUAUGGGUA